AUGAGCAGGCGACUGCAGUCGCUAUCUCAGGGUGCUGUGCAGCAGCAGCAGCACCAAGGCAACUUCCAGCAGCAGCAGCUGCUGCAGCAGCCGCUGGACCGACGCAUGCAGCAACAGCAACAGCUUCAACAGCAACAGUUCCUCCAGCAGCAGCAACUAGUUCAGCAGCAGCAGCUGCAGCAGCAACUGCAGCAGCAAGGCCAACGCUUCCCCGUGGGGCUAGGCCAGCAACAAGUGAACCCCCAACUGCAGCCGCAGUGGCAGCAGCAGAUGCUCCAGCAGCAGCUGAUGCAGCAGCAACUCCAACAGCAGCAGCUGCUGCAGCAGCAGCAUGCACUGCAGCAGCAGCCACAGGGGUUGACUGCACAGGGGUUGACUGGACAGGGGUUGACUGGCCUGCAGCAGCAGCAGCUAGAGCAGCUUCGUCAGCAGCAGCAGCAGCAGCAACUGCAGCAGCAGCGGCUGCCAGUGCAGCAGCAGCAGCCUUCGACUGCAUGGGACCAACAACAAUGGCAGCGGCUGGAGCAGCAGCAACAGCUGCAGCAGCAACAACUGCAGCGCCUGCAGCAGCAGCAGCAAUUCCUUCAGCAGCAAGCAUGGCAGCAGCAACAGAUGCAGCUACAGAACCAGCCGCCUUAUCGUGCACCUGCUGCUGCUGCUGCACACCCCGCCCCAACACCCCUUUCUCCUGCUGCUGCUGUCUUAGUUAACAGCCUUCGAGGGGUCCUAGGUGACCUCAGCAGCAGCGGGAGCCCCCUCUCAGUAGAGCAGCUGACUUCGCUGGUGCUGCAGCAUCUCCCGCUGCAGCAGCAGCGGCAGAUAUAUCUACAGCUGCAGCAGAUGCUUGCGCCGGAUCAGCUGCAGCAGCAGCAGCAGCAACAGCAGCAGCAGCGGCCCCUUCUACAGCAGCUGCAGCAGCUGCAGCAGAUGCAACAGCCAGUGCUUACUGCGCAGGAAGCAACCGACCUCAGCAAAGCAACCGCCUUGAUGUCUGCUGCAGCAGCAGCAGCAGCAGAAGAAGAGGAAGCAAUCGCAGGACAGGGUGUACAUGGAUGCGUCCCUUUACACUGUCUAGACACCUCAAAGAGAGGUUCUGCUGUCUGCGGCACAGACGGAAAGACCUAUGAAAGCCGCUGUGCCUUGAUAGAGGCGGCAUGCGAACGCAGCAGCAGCAACAGCAGCAGCAGCAACAGCAGCAGCAACAGCAGCAGCAACAACACCAGCGGCAGUGGCACUCAACUGCAGCAGCCACUGCAGCAGCAGCAGCACCUGCAGCAACCGCAGCAACUGCAGCAGCAGCAGCACCUGCAGCAACCGCAGCAACUGCAGCAACAGCAGCAACUGCAGCAGCAGCAGCACCUUCAACAGCCGCCGCUGCAGAAGCAGCAGCCAGGAUCUCGGGCUAGGGAAAUUGCUCUUUCCCGCGGCACCGGGGGCCGCACUGUUGCCACCACGGUGAUGCAGGGCACGCAGCAACAGCCGCAACAGCAACAGCAGCAGCAGACUCAACUGCAGCAGCCACUGCAGCAGCAGCAGCACCUGCAGCAACCGCAGCAACUGCAGCAACCGCAGCAACUGCAGCAACAGCAGCAUCUGCAGCAACCGCAGCAACUGCAGCAACAGCAGCAGCUGCAGCAGCAGCAGCACCUUCAACAGCCGCCGCUGCAGAAGCAGCAGCCAGGAUCUCGGGCUAGGGAAAUUGCUCUGUCCCGCGGCACCGGGGGCCGCACUGUUGCCACCACGGUGAUGCAGGGCGCUCAGCAGCCGCCGCAACAGCAACAGCAGCAGCAGUUGCUGCUGCAGCAGCAACAGCUGCUUCAGCACCAGCAGCCACAUCAGCAACAGCAGCCUCACCAGCAGCAGCUUCAUCAGCCGCCUCAGCAGCAGCAGCACCAGCCUCCAGCUCCCCAGCAGCUGCAACAGCAGCAUCCGCAACAACAGCAGCAGCAGCAACAGCAACAGCAGCAGCAGCAGCAGCAGCCGCCUCAGCAGCAGCAGCACCAGCCUCCAGCUCCCCAGCAGCUGCAACAGCAGCAUCCGCAACAGCAGCAACAACAGCAGCAGCAACAGCAGCAGCAGCAGCAGCAGCAGAAGCAGCGCCGGUGCAAAAUAGAGUGCCCUUCUGGGGGCGUUAGGGUCUGCGGCAGCGACGGCCAGACGUAUGCUAAUGAGUCUGCAACGGCUGCUGCUGCUGCAGCAGCAAGGGCCGCUCCGAAAGCAGCAGCAGCAGCGCAACAACAGGAGCAGCAUCAGCUGCAGUUGCAGCCGUCGCGGCAACUGCAGCUGCAGUAG